AUGCAGUGUUAUACGGAACUGAUCCCCCCCACUGGGGUUACUCAUGCCCUGGCAAUUCCUUUUCUCUCUGCUACCGCCAACAAUCUGAUCGUGGUCCGAUCAUCUCUGUUGCAGGUUUUCUCUCUCCUCAAACCUUCCGCGCAGCAGCUGGGAGAAAUCACUGAGACCCACUCAUCGCCCUCUCACCCGCCAAAGACAAAAUUAUUUCUGGAGAAAGAGUAUUGUCUGCCAGGAACGGUGACUGAUAUCAGCAGAGUGAAAAUUCUGAACACCAAGAGUGGCGGAGAAGCAAUCUUGCUCGCCAUCCGCAAUGCUAAGCUCAGCUUGAUUGAAUGGGAUCCCACGCGACAUGGCAUAUCCACCAUCUCCAUCCACUACUACGAACGGGAUGAUUUAACCCGUAGUCCAUGGAUCCCGGACUUGAGUCGCUGUACCAGCAUUCUCAGUGUGGAUCCUAGCAGCCGAUGUGCGGUUUUCAAUUUUGGAAAACGCAAUCUUGCCAUCUUACCCUUUCACCAAGCUGGUGAUGAUUUAGUGAUGGAUGACUACGACUCAGAGCUGGACGGAGAACGCCCAGCCCAAACCUCUGGAGAGGGAAGUGAGAUUGACAGAAGCAAGCAGGGCCCGACAUAUCAAACGCCAUAUGCAGCAUCCUUUGUGCUGCCACUGACAGCCUUGGACCCUUCUUUGCUGCAUCCAGUCAAUCUUGCAUUUCUUUAUGAAUACCGAGAGCCGACCUUCGGCAUUUUAUAUUCUCAGGUGGCAACAUCCAAUGCUUUCCUUCAUGAAAGAAAAGAUGUGAUGUUUUAUGCUGUCUUCACGUUAGACCUGGAGCAACGGGCGUCAACAACUCUUCUUUCAGUCUCUCGGCUCCCCAGUGAUCUAUUCAGAGUGGUUGCUCUCCCACCUCCUGUUGGAGGAGCGUUGCUUCUGGGCGCUAAUGAGAUUGUGCAUGUGGACCAAGCCGGGAAAACUAACGCGGUGGGAGUGAAUGAAUUCUCUCGCCAGGUCUCAUCAUUUUCCAUGAGCGAUCAGUCCGACUUGUCCUUUCGCUUAGAAGGGUGCGUGGUGGAGCGACUGGGUGGUGAUAGUGGGGAUCUUCUCCUCGCACUUGCUUCUGGGGACAUGGCUUUGAUUCGAUUUAAGCUAGAUGGCCGGUCGGUGUCGGGCAUGACAGUUCAUCCUCUGCCGGCGCAAGCUGGCGGGGAUCUCUUGAAAUCAGCUGCAUCAUGCUCAACCUGUUUUGGAGAUGGAAACGUUUUCCUAGGGAGCGAAGACGCAGACUCGGUGCUGCUGGGAUGGUCUCGCUCUUCAUUCACUAAAAAGUCACGAUCGGAUUCCACGAUUGUUGCGAAUGGAGCUGGGGAUCUGUCAGAUGGCGGCCAGAUGGAAGACGAUGCAUAUGAGGAUGAUCUUUAUUCCUCAGUGCCUGAGCCUACCCAUACUGACUCACGCAUAGCGUUGGGGAAUGCCAUACCCGGCUUCUAUGAUUUUUGGCUAAAUGAUCAACUGUCCAGUGUCGGCCCCCUACGAGAUGUCACGAUUGGAAAAGCCUUCCAAACUACCUCAAACCAGGCUCGGGUGGCAGGUGAGGGUGUAUCCGCAGAGUUGGAAUUAGUGGCAUCUCAGGGCUCCGGUAGAGCUGGAGGCUUAGUUGUUAUCAAGCGGCAAAUUGACCCUUUAACCAGCAUGGCUAUGAAUAUCGACGGCGCCGAUCGGGUAUGGUCAGCUACUGUGAUUCAAGGAAAAGGAGAUCAUCCCAACAUCAACGACUUGUCCGAGACUCUCUCUCGUCAAUAUGUGAUCGUGACACGGCCUUCAGAGUCUGACAAAGAAAUUUCAGAGAUCCUGAUAGUCGAAGGUCAAGAGAUGAAGCCAUUCAAAGCUCCGGAUUUCAAUCCAAAUGAGGAUUUCACCGUCGAUAUUGGACCUUUAGCAGGCGGCACUCGUCUCGCUCAAGUUUUACACAAUGAAGUCAGAAGUUAUGAUAUAGACCUGGGCUUAGCACAGAUCUAUCCUAUGUGGGAUGAAGAUACCGAGGAAGAACGCCGGGCAUUGAGCGUGAGCUUCUCGGACCCUUUUCUCGCAAUCCUUAGAGAUGGUGCAUCUCUUUUGCUUCUCCAAGCGGAUGAGAAUGGUGAUCUUGAUGAGGUUUCGCUUCCAGAAAAUAUCUCUGGUUCAAAAUGGUGCUCUGUUUGUCUUUAUCAUGACAAGAACCAAGCAUUUGGUGACUGGGGAUCAGUGACCAGAGAUUCUACAAAUGGAAAUAUGCUGCUAUUUCUGCUCAGCCUUGAAUCCAAACUCUGGGUUGUCAGUCUUCCUGAGAUGAAGCUGUUGACGAUCAUCGAUGGCGUUGACUGUCUCCAACCUGUAUUGUCAUCGGAGCCUCCUCGGCGGUCCAACACACGCGAGUCUCUCACAGAAAUUUUGGUUGCCGACCUUGGAGAUAAAUGGAGCACUUUGCCAUACUUGAUAGUCCGGACCGAGAACGAUGACUUGAUCGUCUAUAAGCCCCUAUUCACGUCAACAGAGGCUGACAACCAGCCGUCAAAUGAUCUGCGUUUUUUCAGAGAAUCCAGCCACACCUUGCCCAGAGUUGGGCCCUCAUUGACGGAAGUAGAUGCGCCUCUGCGGGUCAAACCACUGCGAGUCCUCUCGAACGUUUCUGGACUCAGCACAGUGUUUCUGCCCGGAAGUUCUUCCGGGUUUGUUGUCAGAACAUCGACAAGCUCACCACACUUUGUACGCCUCCGAGGAGAAUAUACGCAGUGGCUGAGCGGCUUCGACUCAUCGGCUCUGGCCUGUGAGAAAGGAUUCAUCUACGUCAAUUCCGAGGGCUGUGUUCGAGCUUGCCAAUUACCUCCCGACACCCAAUUUGAUUACUCUUGGACGCUCCGUAAGGUCCCUCUGGGUGAGCAGGUCGAUUAUCUGACUUACUCGACAUCAUCGGAGACCUAUGUUCUUGGCACUAGUUCCAAUAUGGAUUUCAAGCUACCGGAUAAUGACGAGCUGCAUCCUGAAUGGCGCAACGAAUCAGUCACCUUUUCCCCAGAAGUUCCCCAGAGUUUUGUCAAAGUAGUCAGCCCGAAGACGUGGUCUGUCAUUGACAGUUACCCUCUGGAACUUGCGGAGCAUAUUACAGCAGUGAAGAAUGUGAAUAUGGAAGUUUCGGAGAAUACACAUGAGCGAAAAGAUCUCAUUGUCGUGGGCACCGCAAUUGCCAAAGGCGAGGACAUUCCUGCACGAGGUGGGAUAUACGUUUUUGAUGUAAUUGACGUUGUUCCGGAGCCAGGAAAAUCGGAGACUGGACGGAAGCUGAAGCUCCUGGGGAAGGAGACCGUGAAGGGUGCGGUGACGGCUUUGUCGGGGAUUGGUGGACAGGGCUUUGUCAUUGUGGCCCAGGGACAGAAGUGCAUGGUCCGGGGUCUUAAAGAAGACGGGAGCCUUCUCCCCGUGGCUUUCAUGGAUAUGCAAUGCUAUGUCAACGUUGCCAAGGAGCUCAAAGGGACCGGGAUGUGCAUCCUUGGGGAUGCUGUCAAGGGUAUCUGGUUUGCGGGUUACUCGGAGGACCCUUAUAGAAUGACUCUCUUCGGCAAAGACCCGGAGUAUCUGGAGGUAGUGGCUGCGGAUUUCCUCCCGGACGGGAACAAGUUGUACAUCCUGGUUGCCGACAGCGAUUGCAACCUGCAUGUGCUGCAGUACGACCCUGAAGACCCCAAGUCUUCCAAUGGCGACCGGCUGCUUAAUAGAAGCAAGUUCUACACGGGCAAUUUUGCCUCGACUAUCACUCUUCUCCCUCGUACGGCUGUCUCGUCGGAACUGGUCGAGACUACAGAAGACGAAAUGGAAGUGGACAGUGCUCUUACCACCCAUCAUGCCCUGAUCACAUCACAGAAUGGAUCGUUGGCCUUGGUUACCACCGUCGCCGAAGAGUCUUACCGCCGAUUGUCGGCCCUGCAAUCCCAGCUUACCAAUACCAUUGAGCACCCUGGCGGACUCAACCCACGCGCUUACCGGGCUGUUGAGAGCGACGGUACUGGUGGUCGGGGGAUGGUCGAUGGGAAUUUGCUCCGGCAGUUGUUGAACCUGGGAAAGCAACGCCAGGCGGAGAUCGCGGCCCGGGUCGGCGCGACAGAGUGGGAGAUUCGGGCCGAUCUGGAGACCAUCAGUGGGGACGGACUGGGUUACCUCUAA